AUGCCAGCUUCCCCCUCGCCUUUCCACAUCACCCUCAAGAAUGGCGAGCAGGUAAAAGUCAAUGACCAUGUCUACUGCUCACCCAGUUGGGCCGUUCGUGACGGCACCCCGUAUUCUGUGGCUCGUAUAAUGGAGUUUCUCCCAGCGCAGGGUCCGCCUGCCAGCGACAAAGGGGGUAAAAGCAAAGAGCCAUUUACUCGUGUCCGUCUCGCCUGGUACUAUCGCCCUAGCGACGUAAGCGAUCGUGCGUCGGCGGACUGUCGUCUCCUGCUCGCCGCAAUAUAUUCCGAAGUAUGCGACCUCAGCCAAGUACGCUCUAAGUGCUAUGUAAUACAUAGGGACAAGAUUUCCGACCUCGCUGGGUGGAAAAAACGCCCUGAUCGGUUUUAUUUCACCCGUCUAUUCGACCCGUGGAUUAGGAAGGAAUUCGAGGUUAUUCCAGCAGUGACCAUUCGAAAUCUUCCUUCCGAGAUCAAAGAUAUUUUGAUCUCACGUUACGAAUAUGUCGUAGCUGAGAAGGAAGUUGUCCCUGAUCUCACUGACGCACUCAGACAUUGCGAAACAUGCACGAACUGGUGCCCACCAGCCGAGACGGUGCAAUGCGACCGGUGCAAGAAGUACUUCCAUAUGGCUUGCGUCAAUCCCCCCCUUCUUGCGAAGCCCAGCCGCGGAUACGGGUGGACAUGGGCCCCCUGUUCGCGCAGGCACGAAGAAGAAGUCGACAACCACGAGGGAAUCCGCCAACUGACACCUGCUGCAGCGCCGAAGCCGCCGAAGACAAAUGCACCCGCGCCGAGAGGCCGCGGGCGGCCGCGGAAGGAUCGCGUGCAGGCAGAGAAGGAGGAGAACCUAGAGAUCAAGCACUUCAGGAUGUGGCCGUUUCGGUACUUUGGACUGCACACCGUUGCAGAAGACACGCUUGACCCCGACGACUUUAUCUUCCCACGGGCGGCAACCCGCGUUGGCUCGAAAUACCAAGCCAAUGUCCCGCUCGCGCCAGGCACAGAGGGUGCCUACUCUCAGCCUGGUAAGUACGACAGCCUGCGAAGGAACAAUCUGGAAGAGAGGGGAGGAGACUCGACAAUUGAAGUCCUCUGCCUGGCCAACGAAAUGCGACCAGAAGAAGUGGAAACGCACAGGAAUACUCUCACAAGAAACGAAGACAUUAAAUGCAACGUGGACUGGCUAACCGAGGUCAUGCGCCGCUACACAGAGGCCCGCCUUGCCGUCCGCGACUUCGGCACAGUGAGCAUGAAGAACCCCCUUCGCCUGGAGAAGUGGAAGAAACGGGAAACGAGGUGCAUAGAUAGGGACUGGACAGAUGGCGAGAUAGCCGCCUUCGAAGAUGCUAUCGCCGUCCACGGGGCUGAACUACGCCCAGUCCGGGACGAGGUCGGGACCAAGACAAUGCCAGAAGUCGUGCGAUUCUACGCCCAUUGGAAGAAUUCGAAACUACGCGAGGAGAACGCCAGGAUCAAGGCGGCACGCGAGAGUGGGUUAGACGCAAUAGAAUUGCCAUCACGUGCUGUGUCCCCGGACGACGAGGGCUCGAUCGUCAAGGAGCUCACCCGAGGUAACACCAGUUGUGGCUGCUGCCGCACUCGAGAAUCGACCGUGUGGUGGAGGGCGCCGAAAGGCCUGCCUACCAACGUCCUCUGCGACAAUUGCGGCUUGAGCUGGCGCAAGUACGCGGAUCUCAACGUCAGACCAUAUCGCGAGGACGCUAUGGCAAAGAAUAAGCUGGAAAACAAGCGUGAAGGGACGCCUCUCAGCGGACCUGCGAACAAGCGUGCCAAGACCACGCCGUCGGGUACAUCUACGCCCCCACCAGCUGGGCCUGUACCUGCGGCACCCCAGCACCGUUGUCUCGCAUGUCACAAGAGUGGCUCCAUUGGCAAGGUGCUACGAUGUAGACAGUGUCAGUUCCGCGCGCAUGCAGGUGUCUGUGGUGUGGUAGUCGACGCAGCCGCCGUAGAGUCCUGGGUAUGCGAACUCUGCGCGAACGAGAAAACAUUAGAGGCCUUAUUGAACCCUGACUGUCUCUUAUGUCCCCGAUCGACGCGCGACCCAAAGAGGAAGUCACUUUAUCCCCCUCCUGAUUCCUUCCUCCGAGCGUGCAAACCUACCGAGGGCCAAGCCUGGGUCCACGUCCUCUGCUCCGCCUUCAUUCCCGAGGUCUCAUACUCAGACGCGUCGCGCCUCCGUCUCGUCGAGGGCAUCAGCACGAUUCCGCAGUACCGAUGGCAGAAUGAAUGUACGAUAUGCAGCCAGAACGGCGGCGCCGUGGUUCGCUGUGCCGAGUGCCCAGCUGAAUACCACGUGUCAUGUGCGUGGAAGCAGGGCUACAAGUUCGGAUUUGAGAUGCAACCGGUGAGGCAAAGCAGACGCGAUACGACGACCAUCGUGGAGUUUAACGAUAUUUCGGGGUGUAUGACGCCUGUUGUAAUAUGUAAGGGCCAUAUCGGCCACAAGCGCGAGCUGUUUGAUAUUUGCGCAACUAACGAGCUGGGCGAGACUGCACUGCAAGUGUAUUGCAAGAAUUAUAAGCAGGUUUCCACGGAGCAUACGCAUGGUUUGCUUCGAAAGGCCCGACGCCUAGACAACAUCAUCACAAUCAACGGUGACCACUCGUCUGUGGGCGACGAUGCCACCUCCGACCCCAAAUGCUUCCGCUGUCGCAGCGAGUUCUCUCCAUUCUUCCAUCCAGUACCCCAUACCAACGGGAUGUCAACAUGUUCUGCGGCUGAUACACGGACGUUCUUAUGCCAUAGAUGCUUCAUUGAUACCCGGGAAAACCAUGUAGUCACUAAUGGAACCGCGUCCUCAUGA